AUGGAAUUCUGGUGGUUGGUGGCAUUUGGAGAAGGAGAUCGUCUCGAUCAAUUGAGUGAACCAACCUAUACCUUUGUCGAUAGACAACAAGCUGUCUAUGUCCCAGGCAAGAACAAUCGUUGUGUAAUGAAAUGGGACAGAUAUGCAAAAGAAGGUAUUGUCGUUGCUGGAGACCAAGGUGAGGGAAGUGCUCUAGCACAAUUGGCAAAUCCUAAAGGAGUGUUCGUCGAUAGUUUGGAUAGACUCUAUGUAGCAGAUACGAACAACGAUCGAGUGAUGCGUUGGUCAAAAGGAGCGACACAAGGCACUGUUAUUAUGGGUGGCAAUGGUGUAGGAGACAACGAAAAUUAA